CAAUGCAUUGCUUUAUUCAAUGAACUAAAAUAUAUUUUUUUCCUCCUUUUCUUAUAUUCAAAUCGAAGGGAGUAGUUGAGUUCAGUCUUGUGUGAGUGUGAGUGAGUUGGAGUACUAUUGUUCUUUGAAAAAAAGAACAAAAAAAAAAAAAAUCUACCAAAAAAAAAAUCAACUUACCUAAAUAAACGUCGUCGAAGACGCCGUAAAAUCUUUGCUUUCUUCCGUCCGACCAUCGUUUUAAUGGGUGUGAUUAAUUUUCAAAAUUCAUCUACUUUCUGCUUGAUUGAACCAUCAUCAUCAUCAUACACCAAUUUGCAGCAGCAAGUGAAUCGAAGGAAAUUUGUGACUAUGGCUUCCAUUAUUCCUGUUGAACAAAUCAAUAGUGGUCCUCUUCAGGUUACUACUGGGGAUUCCUUUAUCAGACAUCAUCUCAAGAAUAUGGCUCCUUAUCAACCCAUUUUGCCUUUUGAGGUUUUAUCUUCUCGUCUUGGACGAAAGCCUGAGGAUAUUGUCAAGUUAGAUGCUAAUGAAAAUCCUUAUGGCCCCCCUCCAGAGGUCAUGGAAGCCCUAGGGUCAAUACAAUUCCCAUAUGUCUAUCCGGAUCCAGAGAGCCGCCGUUUGCGUGAAGCCCUCGCCCAAGAUUCAGGCCUUGAAUCUGAGUAUAUUCUUGUAGGAUGUGGUGCUGAUGAGCUUAUUGAUUUGAUCAUGCGUUGUGUUCUUGAUCCUGGUGAUAAGAUUGUCGACUGCCCUCCAACUUUCACAAUGUAUGAAUUUGAUGCUGCAGUUAACGGAGCACUUGUAAUCAAAGUUCCAAGGAAGUCAGACUUCAGCUUGAAUGUGGAACACAUAAUAGAGGCUGUUAAACAAGAAAAGCCGAAAUGCAUAUUUUUAACAUCUCCAAACAAUCCAGAUGGGAGUAUAAUUGAUGAUGACGAUCUCUUAAAGAUACUCGAGCUUCCCAUACUGGUGGUGCUGGAUGAAGCAUACAUUGAGUUUUCAAAAAUUGAAUCAAAGAUGAGUUGGGUGAAGAAACAUGAGAAUCUAAUUAUUCUUCGGACAUUCAGCAAAAGAGCUGGUUUAGCUGGACUUCGUGUGGGAUAUGGAGCUUUUCCUUUGAGUAUAAUUAAGUAUCUUUGGAGAGCAAAGCAACCUUAUAAUGUAUCUGUUGCUGCUGAAGUUUCUGCAUGUGCAGCAUUGCAAAAUCCCACCUAUCUAGAGAAUGUCAAAAAUGCUUUGGUGAAAGAAAGAGAGAGGCUUUUUGACCUUUUGAAGCAAGUUCCAUUCCUUAAGCCAUUUCCAAGCCAUUCCAAUUUCAUUCUUUGUGAGGUUACAUCUGGAUUUGAUGCAAAGAAAGUAAAGGAGGAUCUUGCAAAAAUGGGUGUGAUGAUUCGCCAUUACAGCAAGAAAGAGCUGAAAGGCUACGUUCGAGUAUCUGUUGGGAAGCCAGAACACACAGACAUACUUAUGAAUGGUCUCAACAAACUAUUGUAGGAGCAAAAUUUCAAUGUGAUCUAACACAUUCUCUCAAGUAACAUUCAAAACUAGAGGAAAAUAUAUUAUGAGAAGUUGAGCUAGUUUAUGUUAUGUAGACAAUGAUGAUUUCAUCUCAUACUCUUGAACGGAGAUUGGAUUCUCUGCAUUGAACAUUAUACCAUAUUCAUGGCACGUAAACUGUCCAAUUUUAAUUGGACGGUUUAGAUACACAACGCAUGAAUGUGUGACUGCGCUUAAUCCAAAGUUGUAACCCUUAAGGCACAAGUUAUUUCCUUGUUUUAUUAGUAGAAAAUAAAUUAAGAAAACAAAGUGGUUGUGCUUUUGUUUUGUUAUUUUUGGCUGUUUUAUGUAUUGUAUUGCUGUUAUAAAUGAACAGGGAUGUUAAUGUUUGUUUCAAUCUAUUCGAAAGCAAAAGUUAUAAGAGAAA